AUGGCUUCAUUUGUUAAAAGAUCAGCAAACACUGGCAGCGUCGGCAAUACACACAGCCACGAUAACGACACGCACGCACACUCACACACAGACCACGGUCACACACAUGAAGUAUUAGAUCAUCCAGGUAAAUUCACUGAACGUGACAUGCCGGAUUUCCACGAGCGUGAUUGGUCAGAAAGGGCUUUUACUGUUGGCAUUGGCGGCCCCGUAGGAUCGGGCAAAACAGCGUUGAUGCUCGCCUUAUGCAAGAGACUUGGAGAGGAGUUCAGUAUUGGAGCACUCACCAACGAUAUAUUCACCAAAGAGGAUCAAGAAUUUUUGAUAAAGAAUAAGGCAUUGGAACCAGGUAGAAUCAGAGCUGUCGAAACAGGUGGCUGUCCUCAUGCAGCUAUCAGGGAAGACAUUUCAGCUAAUAUGGGCGCACUUGAGCAGUUGCACGUUGAUUUUAACACUGAUAUUCUACUCGUAGAAUCAGGCGGUGAUAAUCUAGCAGCCAACUACUCUAGAGAACUAGCCGACUACAUCAUUUACGUAAUUGACGUGAGCGGUGGUGAUAAAAUACCUAGAAAAGGAGGACCGGGGAUAUCGCAAUCUGAUUUGCUAGUCGUUAACAAAGUAGAUAUUGCACAGUAUAUUGGAGCAGAUCUAGGCGUAAUGAAGAGAGAUGCUGAUAGGAUGCGUGAUAAUGGACCAACUGUGUUUACAUCAGUGAAGAAUCAAGGAGAAAUUGAAGCGAUAGUUGAAUUGAUUGUAGCAGCGUAUAAGGCAUCUGGUGCUUAA